CACAGAAGACAGUGAAGAAGCAAAACGACUGCUCCAAAGACGUCGAAGGUGCCAAUGACGCCUGUCAUUUGUAAUCGUGUCACUUUAAGUGAACAAAAUAAAUUGAAAACCACCCCCAAGGAGCCUCAUCAGCUUCUCAGCCGGAUGUUUCAGAGAAGAAGAAGCUUCACAUUUGGAGCCUACGGAGGGAAGCGCGAUGGAAGGAUCCCCCGCAUCCCUGAUGAAGUAGAGCGCUCACUCCAAUAUUCCGGUCCACUGCUGCCUUUUCUCGCUAUCUCACAGACUUUUCGCGCUUGCCGUCGUUGCGCGACCAUGAUGGCGAACAACUUCUCGUAUGCGCUGCUCCACAGCGCCCCCCGCAGACCUCUGCUCAACAGGAGAUGCCUGAGCGAUACCUCGGACCUGUUUGCCAUGAUCGAGAGGAUGCAGGGUUGCAGAAUGGAUGAGCAGAGAUGCCCGCUCCCUCCACCCCUCAAAACAGAAGAGGACUACAUCCCAUAUCCUAGUGUUCAUGAGGUUCUUGGUCGCAGUAGCCCGUUCCCGCUCAUUUUGCUCCCCCAGUUUGGGGGCUACUGGAUCGAGGGGACGAAUCAUGAGCCUCGAGGGACACCGGAGUCGAUGCAACCUCCAUGCCCCGCGUCCUACGUUAAGCUCGAGACCAACAGCACCGCCAAGAUCUACAGAAAACAAUUCAUGGGCAAAGAGCACUUUAAUUACUACACAAUGGAUGCCGCCCUGGGCCACUUGGUCUUCUCAUUAAAGUACGAUGUCAUCGGGGAUCAGGAGCAUCUGCGCUUGAUGCUCCGCUCCAGACUAAGAACCUACCACGAUGUCAUCCCUAUUUCCUGCCUCACAGAGUUCCCCAACGUGGUCCAGAUGGCAAAGCUUGUUUGUGAAGAAGUCAACGUUGAUCGGUUUUAUCCUGUUCUCUACCCAAAGGCAUCACGCCUCAUUGUCACCUUUGAUGAGCAUGUGAUUAACAACAAUUUCAAGUUCGGAGUCAUUUAUCAAAAGUUUGGUCAGACUACAGAAGAGGAAGUCUUUGGUAACAUGGAAGAAAGUCCGGCUUUCGUCGAGUUCUUGGACUUCCUGGGCCAGAAUAUUGAGCUGCAUGACUUCAAAGGGUUUCGAGGAGGCCUCGACGUCACACACGGCCAAACGGGGACUGAAUCAGUCUACACCAAUUUUCAUGGGAAGGAGAUCAUGUUCCAUGUCUCCACCAAGCUGCCUUACACCGAGGGAGACUCCCAACAGCUGCAGAGGAAGAGGCACAUAGGCAACGACAUUGUCGCCAUCGUGUUCCAGGAAGAGAACACACCCUUCGUUCCCGACAUGAUCCAGUCCAACUUCCUCCACGCCUACGUGGUGGUCCAGGUGGAGGACGCGUGUACCGACAACGUCACAUACAAGGUGUCAGUGACAGCGAGGAAUGACGUGCCCUUCUUCAUGCCGGCCCUACCUGACCCGGCUAUCUUCAGAAAGGGCCCAGAGUUGCGCGAGUUCCUCUUCACGAAGCUCAUUAAUGCCGAGUACGCUUGCUACAAGGCGGAGAAGUUUGCCAAGCUGGAGGAGCGCACCCGUUCAGCCCUUUUGGAGACCCUUUACGAGGAGCUGCACAUCAACAGCCAGUCUAUGAUGGGCCUUGGCGGGGACGAAGACAAACUUGAGAAUGGCGGCAGCGGAGGAGGUGGAGGCUUCUUCGAGUCCUUCAAGCGGGUCAUCCGCAGCAGAAGCCAGUCAAUGGAUGCCAUGGGCCUCAGUAGCAAGAAGUCACAUACAGUCUCCACUAGUCACAGUGGCAGCUUUACCCACAAUCUGGCCGAGAGCCCCAAAACAUCCGGCAUUUCAUUGCUCGUCCCAGGGAAAAGUCCCGGUAAAUACGGCCGGCGAGGCAGUGCCAUAGGGAUAGGAACAAUAGAAGAGUCCCUGAUUAUUCCUGGGAAAAGCCCCACCAGGAAGAAGUCAGGUCCCUUCAGUUCCCGCCGAAGCAGCGCCAUUGGCAUUGAGAACAUCCAGGAGGUCCAAGAAAGAAGUCGAGACGUGUCGCCAUGCACCCAAAGGACAUCCGACAGCGGCCACAUCUCCCAGGAAAAUAAAUCAGACAACUCGUCCAAUCACAGCUCUCCUGAGUUUACCCCUGCCAAGAACAGCUUGGUCAUGUGUUGCAGGGCGCCAUCCAUCCCAGAGGCUCAGGACCUUUCCCGCUCCUCCUCCAACGCCAGCAGCUUCGCCAGCGUUGUGGAAGAACACGAGGCCGACGAUGAGUACAAUAUGGGACCGGAAAGUGAGUCGGCCACGACGCCGCUCAAGAGAGACUCUCUGGAUGAUGGAUCGCUCAGUAUGAGUCAUACGGGCAUCACAGCUUCACAUCCUCCUUUGUAUCGACUCCAACAUCAAAGCGAUGGACCUAAGGGACCUGAGUCAAAAGCGACAGACGGCCGUUCCAGGUCGGAGCAUAAGUCCUCGAACUGUUAGCCACACACCACUGACUCGCCGCAUUCACGUCCAUUAUCAGCAUUUCCUGGAGAGGCACCGCACCUCAGAACUGAGCGAAUGGGUCGCAUCGCCUCCUGUACCUGACCGAGGUCAAGUUUGAGACACGGUCGGUAGAACUUUGACGCAAGCAUUCAGUUUGGAUACAACAGCCGUCCCGACAUCAACACCCCAACAAAAGCUCGGAGGAUAUCACAUCAGGACCUUGUUCCUGCUCCUAAAAAUCUUUUAAAGGCCACGCAGCAGCAUCACCAGUGCGUCACUGCGCAACUUCAUCCUGGUUUUGAAGAUUUAAAGUGAGAGAAACUGAAAGACAGAUUUUUUUUUUGAGCUGACUUCGGUUUGUUGACCUGCUGAGCGUAACUGUGACGCCCUUGUUUUACAUUCAUCUGACGAAUCAACAGCAUUUCUCACUUGGCUUCCUUCAGGAUUGAGGCCACUUGCUCGAACGACAACAAAAGCAUUUAAAACUUAAUAUGUCUUGAAAAAGGUACACAGUUAUCUCAAUGUAGACUCCAUUAAUGGUAUAAUGGCAGUUUAAAAAAAAAAAAAGUCAUAUUUACUGUGGUGCCUCAACCAGCAUCAAAGCAUUUUCAACCGUUUGUGUUAGAUUUUGCGAGUGUGACUGUGCAUGGUGUCAACAUGCUAGAGAUAAAAAAACAAAACAACAACAAAAAAACAAGAAAAAAUCCUCUGGUGCCGCAUUGGUUGUACCUGUGAUCCCCAUUUUAUUCAUCUCAGCGUGCAAUGUAAACACAUUUUUUUAAACUCUGCAGUGUCAAAGAGUUGCAACAUAUUGGGAGCCGUUGGAUCAUUUAUUUGUUAUUCUGCUUGUGCACUGAAUUAUCCAUGAACUACAGUACUAGUACGCUCUUUGUCCUCACUAAUAAGACAAAUUAGUACACUACUGAUUUUUUUUUUACUACUGUAUGACAUUUCUGUGCACUGCCUACAAACAUUUUGUUCACGCAACGUUCUGAGAACAUCACGCUUCCUGGUGGUUUACGUUUGGUUGGAUUUAGCUGCCCCUUGGUCGCAAUGGCAACUUUUUGUAACGUUCUCCGAUCAUUACGUUUUGGCAAUAUACAUGUACUUGCUUCGACUAAUGUUCCCCUUUGCUGUUUUCUCAGUUACCGACAGAUUUGGUUCCUUAAGUUGUUGUGGGUUAUGAACUUCUUGUUCCUUAAUCAGUAAUAUGUUAUGUCACCGGGAGUACUUGUAGAAAACAAAUAUGUGAACAAGUGCAGAGUUUAGCUUCACUUGUAACUUUAGUUCCACAGUACUUGUGCGAAGAAAUGUCAUGCAGUCGUGGAAGGCAGCAGUGGAAAGUCGUGUGCCACUUGUUCAUGGACAGCCAAGUGCACUAGUGGGAUAUCAAAUAAACGUUCAAAUGGCUUUCCAUAGGAACUCCUUAAUUUUGUGUUUGUCAAGUGGAUUUUUUGGAACAACACUGUGACUAAUCUUGAGGUUGCCUUUCCAAAUGAUUGUGUCUUGUGAGUGCUCGUUUUUCUGGAGGUUCCUGAAUGUAACACACAAGGCACAUCAUGCUCCCUUUUGCGGAUCUACUGUACUUUCCCCCAUUUUGUGUAAAACGGUUUGACAAAUGUAAAAAGGUUUGACAAAUGCAGGGGGAAAAAAACGCUCAAAUGAUUGAGCUCAAACUUUGAUUUUACUUGAACUGAACCUGCUCAAUUGAAGCGUAGAUGGCUUGCGCCUCCUUGUGGCUGAACAAAAUAGCACAUCCAUGCGUCUGGCCUGUGCUUUUUACAGUGGUCGAUCCGAAAAGUGCGCUCUGUUUUAAAAUGAUUGUACUUCUGUCAUCGUCUGCUUCUUGAAAGGUCUCGCUUGUACAUAUAGUAUUACUUUGCAUCCUCAUUGUAAAUAAAGACAACAGAGAUGUUUAAUGAAAUAAAA